ACAAAUAAUUUGAGGAUGCCCACAUAUAAGAUCCUCAAGCCGGAGUGGGACGUUCCGCCCAGUUUAUACGGAAAACUGACAAAAGGGACGUUCCUCGAGCCAUGGAUGUACAGAUCUUUUGAAAACUAUUUUUAUUUCAAUGCUCCGAUUAAUGUCUGGGAGAAGGACAGCUCGAUGUUUGAACGGAUAACGAGAGCGGGCCACAUUGGCUUCUGUAUUGGUGCUCUACAGGGUUUUGCUCAGGGAUUCUUACUAAAUCUGUCAAUGGGUAAACGAGGAGCAGACGUCUGGAAAAACAAGGCUGCCUAUAAAAUGGGUGCCUUCGGUCUGGGAACUGGAAUUUUGGGCACAACUGCGUUCGCGGUGACAGUCUCACAGCUGAGUAAGAUAAACGGUCGAGCUGAGACAACGCUGGACUGGUACUGGGGCGGCCUUGCUUCUGGGGUUGUCACGGUCUGUAUGAGUCAAGUUAAAGGUACGUUUUUCUCCCGGAAGUGGAACAUGGCUUCAAUAUUCCUGUUCCCCCUAUUACCCACCGCUGCUAAGUAUUUACAUUUUGUGAACGAGUACGAUGACCCAAAAGGGGGCCGGUACCCCAUGCAGGCGGGAGGACAGCAGUAUCACAGUGUAGCUGAGAUGAGGGGACUGUACGGGAUCGAACCUCAUGAAGCACCCUUCGAGAAGGUUCUGAAGAAGCCGCACGAGAACGACAUGUUAUUCAUGUUGCCACGACAGAACCCCAGAUGGAACGACAAGUACAGAGUAGAACAAUAACUUCUCUAGUUCAAGUCCGAGCCCACUGAGCGAAUGUAUAGACAUCUGAUUGCUGAUUAAUUGUUAGCGACACUGAUAUUUGGGACGUUCCUAUCAUCACUAAUCAGGGCUAAUUACAAGUAUAGAGUUCACUUUUGUGAACUAUCAACGUUUCAAUUUAGAAUUAGUGGAUACUAUGAAGGGAGCUCCCUUUUGAUAAUUUAUUACUAGGACUUUUGAAUGAGUCAAACAUGCAAGCGCACUAAUAUCUCGGUUUUCUAUGUAUGUACUAUAGCUAUGUACUUUGCGAACAUUUAUAGGUUAACGCAUUGAAUGUGCAAUGAAAUUAGAAGGUUGAGUAAGACUGAUGUGCUGCAAAUUGCGAUCUCGAGCACAGUCUGAUGAGACGUACUAAGUAUAUUUCCAGUAUACUUUAAAGUUAAAUCUAUUAUAAGUUACCUUGCGAUCACUCAUUUGUAUCA